UUUAACCCAGUAAACACUGGGAACACGGUGAACAUCAUUGAUUUUCCAAAGAGGGGCAAUAGUGCAAAGAGAUUGUUUUUCUCUUAUUUCUCAAAGGAAAAAGGCAGACUUUCUAGUGAUAAAUGAGUGGAUCGUGAAGAAAAAUUAUCCCAGAACUCUUAGGAAUACGAAAUGGUUUCCAUCGAGAGUGGAAAUCAAAAGCUGUCAUACUGCGAAAUUGAGUCCUUGUGGCAUCUCUUCAACGCGCCCACCACAAACAAUGAGAAAAAGCACGAGAUUGAGGCACGACUGAGGUGCUGGCAACUGCAGGAGGGCGCUUGGCAGCUGUGCUUGCCUCAGCUGAGUGACUUUGGGGCAACAAUAUGGUUUUUCAACGCGUCCACGGUUGAGGUGACAAUUAGCCGAGGAUGGGGAAACCUUCCGGUCAGCAGCCGGACGAUGAUAAGGAGUGCUCUGUGGGGAACUUACAUGAAAACUGUGGCGGAUAUGAGAUUUCAACGGAACAAACUAGCACAGCUGAUCGCCUUGGUGGGGAAGAGAGAGUUUCCGCAGGAUCAUUCGGGAUACAUGAAUGAUGUGGGAAAUUUGCUGAAGGUGAAUUUCAGUAUGGGCAUCCUUUUACUGCGCUGUACGUCCGAAGAAGUGACUAGCACGAAGGAGGACGUGACGAGUGAGCGAAAGAGACACUUCCAAUCCUGCGUGGCGGCUUGUGUGCCGGAUAUAUUUAGAUUGCUCAACAAGUUUCUCUCCGUCACGCUGUUCAGAGUCUCGAGAGCAGGACAAGUCUUUGCGAAUGGCGACGUGAAGCUUGAAGAGUUCGAGGGAAAUUUAGAGAGAUCAAGUCUGGAAUUACUUACGUGCGUGCAACACAUGUUCUCUUGGGUGCCGCUCGAGCACGUGCUGGAUGACUUCCUCCUGGGCGCUCUUUUCGAGCUGGCCAAGUGGAACGACGCCCACUCAGACGUGGCGACCUCCACCUUAACUACAAUCUGCGAGCUCUUUUACCGCCAGAGCGCCAUUCCGCACGUGGCCAUCGCAACUGGUAUUAUGGCGCUGCUACAGGCCAAUCUCAGCGACGCCUCUGAGAUGUACCAGGACAAACUAACUGAACUCCUAAGACUUUUCACCACGCAACAAACCUCACGCUGGAUUUCCGACGAGACAUUCCUCAACCUGCUCUGCGCUUUAUACAAGUUCACCUUCGCCGGCUACGGCGCCCUCGCCUUUACCGAACGUCUGACCAUCUGGACGCCUAUCGUGAAGGUGUUGCUGCCAAAAGGUUUCGGCGUGUAUAAUGAUCUCCUUAUGAGCCUCGCUGCGGGCACAAUAAACAAAAUGCAGUUCCAGAACGAUCAGAACGAGGGCUUUCUUGAGCUCCUCGAUAACAGCACUCUGGAUGACGAUCUUGAGACGGAGUGGCAACACUUCCUCACGCAAUGUAUCGAAUCCGUGGCUCUGAUCGCCGAAGGUAGUCCUGAACCUGUGCUGGAGAUCGUACUAAACGCGUGGAAGGCCUCCUUUGAGGUGUUUCUUGUGAUAGAAAAGGCCAUAAUCAAUGAAUCAAGCCUCUGGACCAGCACUUCCAAGUGCCACUACAUUCACUGCGUCUUGCGUGAUCUCUCCUCCCUCUGCCAAACACUCUCUCGUCUGGUGCCCAUCAUCGAGGCCUGUUCUGAGAGAGUGUCGGAAUUUGUGCUCACAGUGGCCAUCGGUUUGGUGCUGACUGUAAAGUUCUUAGCCACGAAGAAGCCUUACAAGAUGUCCACAUUCACCGAAGAGAUUCAGGUGGACUUUGCCGAGACUCUGGCUCAAAUGCUUGCCGCCCUGCGAGGUCUUCUGCCCUGGUCAACAGUACUGAAGUUCGAUGCGUCCGUGAACUCUCUGAUCGACGUUGUGGUGCACAUUCUGCUGCCCACGGAGACGCUAGAGCCGAAGAUUGUCACUCUGGCAGCGGCGCAGCUUCUCAUCGGUAUCACUUCCAUCAUGCGACCAAGCACUCUUCAAGAGCAGAGUGGAAUGGUGCAGCUGAUUCAAGCAGGGAGGAAUUUGUCGCAUUUGGACAGACAGACUAGUCAACUGGUCUAUCAGUCAAUUUGUAAUUGCCUGAUUUUGCCACAAUUCCAAGGUGCAGGAUCGCACGAUCACCAAAUGGUGCUGAAUCAGCGAACAACUCGUCUCAGCGAGUACAUAAAUACUCUGGCCAAAGAACUUCUUCAACUGGGUACCGUUAACGUCUCAACGGCGAACAGAGUAACUGAAGUUGUUACAAGUGUGCUUCCAAUCCUUCGCGAUAUACUCGAUUACUACGAGAGUGCGGCGUCAGUAACAAAACAGAUCCUUUUGUCGGCCUUCCGUGGAAUUUUGGAGAAGAGUCUGCAGAUCUACAAUGACUUCUACACCUCUUGUCCUGGCAUCACAGACACUGUGCUGUCUUUUGGCUUCAGCGUAAUUCGAACACUGCAGAUUCAAUUGGGCACAGAAUAUGUAAGACAUAUUCUGGGCAACUUUCUUAAUGCCUGUACAAAAAAUAGCUUCACGGAGUCACAAAUGAAGUCAACGGAAACUCUGCUACAGAUUCUGUGCCUGAUUGUCAAAACGUCAGGAGCGUCAGUUCUGCUACCGGCAAUCUUGGAACUCACGUUGGACCACUUGGUGCCUUUUCUGGUGCAGGAGAGAAAUUGGACCACAAAGUCUGAUAUUGUGGCAACACUGUACGAAUUGUUUGAUGCUAUUCUCAUCAAUCAUUGGCAGUACUUCUACAAGACAAGCGUUCUAAGGCGCCUUAAAACUGACGAGCACGUCCUGACUGAGGGUGAGAAAGUGCAGCACGUGGAGCGAUUCCUCGCUAUUCUCACCAUGUACGGUGAUGCUCUGGUGCAGAACGAUCCGCACAUUUGUCAGAUUGUCCUUAAGUCGCUUCAGGCGGUGAAUGAGCAUUGGAAGUUGUAUCAGAAGGAAACAUUCCAGACUCACUUGCUCUCAUCAUUCCAAUACACCCUUAUCAAUUGCCUCCUGAUGCCCGAGGGCGCGCUCUUCUACGACCAACUCAUGCAGACGCUCUUCACGAUGGGUCAAGUCAACACACAGACUCUCUACAGAUCCUUCCUAUCGGCGGGAUUCACUCCAGAGUCGGAAAUGGUGCGGGAAAUCUGUGCGACUUCUGAUCUCCCGACAUUUUCAUUCCGGAUGGGCCACUUGAUACAAGACACUCGCUGCGGACAGAGUUCCAAAUCCCAAGUCAAGGGAACACCGUGAAAUAUCAUUCCCAGCUCGUCGAAAUUGUAUAGUCUUUUUUUCAUUCAAUA